AUGGCUUCCCUCGCGAUGCGGCACGAGCAGCUCUCGGCGCUAGCCCGCACCAAGCGGCUCUUCUGGCUGUCGUCGGUCACCGGCAUCCUCUCCCUGGUCGGCGUGUGUGUCGCCGUCCUCCCAUGGCGCCUCGUCCGCCGGCAAGGCGACUGGGUCGCGUUCGCCAUCGUCGCCGCCUCGUCCUUCGUCUGGGUCACCCUCCCGAUCGCCGCCUCGGGUUCGAUGCAGCUGCGCCGACGACUGCUGAGCGCGUGGUGGGCCAUGAUGGUUGCCGCCGCCGCUCAUCUCGCCCUCGCCAUCUACCUCGAGUUCUCUCUCGUCGACCAGAAGGGCGUCUGGAUCGAGGACUGCUCGACGUCCGACCUGGCCAUGACCGCCGACGCCUGCCGCACACGCUCUCGUCAGGUCAUUCUCGCCUUCCCUCUCACUGCCGCCAUCCUCGAAAUUGGCGCCGUCCCCCUCCUCUGGCUCCUGCGACGAUCCUUCGACAAGUUGCCACAGGACCACACCUACGGCACGCUCAUGGACGACGACGUCCCUCCCGGUUGGCAUGUCCCUGCUGCCGACCUCGCCGCCGACUCGUCAGCCUCGGACUCGGACGACCACGGCGGCCCGUUGCGACCGGGCGCCGCGAGCCCGCGCCGGUCGUCUCGCACUCGAGUCGGCUCGGGCACGGACAAGGAUUCGGCGUCGGACUGGUACGAGCUCGGGAGGAAGAGCUCGAGGAGCCUGGCGACGAGCGGCAUGAGCUGGAGCGAGGUUCGGCGGGCGCGCAAGGAGCGCAACUUGGCCAAGUCGAGGGCGUCGAGCUGA